UGCCAGCCAGGUUGACUCCUGAGUCUGUUCUGAAGUUGCUGUCCAUUCCACCAUGUGGGCAAAGAACAUUACCGGAAAUUUUGCUAAUGUGAUCCACGGACUGAACGCAAGCCAUCUGACAGACGUGGCUGUGAAGAGGAGCAAGCGCAUGAUUCUUGAUACUUUAGGCGUUGGGCUGCUUGGCACCAGAACGGAUGUCUUUGAGAAAAUAAUCCAGUACAGUAAGAUCUACAAUUCGGAUGCAUCCAGUUCUGUUUGGGCCCAGCAGGAGCUCCGCCUGCCUCCCCUCUAUGCAGCUUUCGUGAAUGGCGUGGCGGUGCACUCCAUGGAUUUCGACGAUACGUGGCAUCCGGCCACACACCCUUCCGGGGCCGUGCUGCCUGCCCUGCUUGCCCUCUCUGAAGCCUUGCCCACGAAGCGAAGGAUUUCUGGCCAGGACCUGCUCUUGGCUUUCAACGUGGGCAUUGAAGUGCAAGGCAGGCUGCUGCAGUUUUCCAAGGAGGCCAGCGACGUGCCGAAAAGGUUUCACCCGCCGUCCAUAGUUGGUACCUUGGGCAGCGCCGCCGCCACAGCGAAACUCUUGGGUCUGGACCAGUUUCAGUGCAAGGAAGCGCUGGCCAUCGCUGCCUCUUAUGCUGGCGCCCCCCUGGCCAACGCGGCCACCCAGACCAAGCCUCUCCACAUGGGCAAUGCGAGCAGGCAUGGCUUGGAGGCGGCCAUCUUGGCCUCCUUGGGCCUCAAGGCAAACAAGCUGAUCCUGGACCUGGAGGCGGGCCUGGGCGCGUUCUACACCGACUAUGUGCCCCAGCCACUGCCCGGCCUGCAGUCCUAUUCUUGGCUGUUGGAGCAGCAAGAUGUCGCUAUCAAGAGUUUUCCGGCACAUCUGGGGAUGCACUGGAUGGUGGAGGCAGCCCUGGCCGUCAGGAAACACCUGGCAAAGAGUGGGGAGUCUUUCCCCAGUGGCAGAAUCCAAAAAAUUGUGCUUCAGGUCCCCAACAUUAAAUACGUGAACCGGCCAUUCCCGGCCUCAGAACAUGAAGCUCGGCACUCCUUCCAGUUUUCUGCAUGUUCUGCCCUGCUGGACGGCCACGUUUCUAUCAAGUCCUUCAAAGAGCACAAUGUCUCCAGGCCUGAAGUGAAAGCCCUGCUCCAGAAGACACACCUGGAACAUUCUCCCGACAACCAGCCCAGCUUCAACAGCCUGUUCUGUACAGCAAACCUCAUCCUUCAGGAUGGACACUCCUUCUCUGAGCGCUGCGACACUUUCUACGGCCACUGGAGGAAACCGCUGAGCAGGCAGGACCUGGUGAAGAAGUUCCACAGCAACGCCACCACGGUUCUCUCGGAGGAGGCCGCUGAAAGCAUUGUCCAAGCCGUCGACAAUCUGGAAAAACUAGAGGACUGCCGUGUGUUGACCUCACUUCUCCAAGGAGGAGAGUCAGCAAAGGUGCAGCUCAAAAGCCAAAAUAGGCUGGCUUGAAAGAUGCUGCAGAAGCCACGGCCUGUCACCAGCUGAACACUUUUCAAGUCAGGUUUUUUAUUAGCCAUCUCAGAAGUCUCUUACGGUGGACUAGCUUCUGUCCUGCAAGUUAACUGAUGCCUACUUGAUUCAUUAUGUACAUGUAAAAUCAGAGUAGCCGUAUGUCCACUUUCAUGUAGGGCUGCCCUCUAUUUGAAGUCAUCCUCUAUUGGGCCAGCUGUCCAAUCAAAGUCUGGCUGGAAGGUAAUGAAUGGUAAGAAGAAUGCGUGGGGCCUUGAAGUUGCCCAUCGGGGUCACUGUCUCCCCCAGUAAAUUGGUCUGAACAGAGAUUAACAUAUGCAAAGUCCGUGUUGUCUUCUUUGAUAAUGCAUUGCCUGUGUUUUGGCAAUAUGUGGCUGCUUUGCAUGAAAUGCAAUGACCAAGAGAUACACACACACACUUCCACCUGCCCAAGAGAGCUUUCUGCAGCUCCUUCAGCUACGUGGUGUAACACUUUUGAAACAGAGGAAAGACUCCAAAGGUUGACUGUGAUCUGGCAGAGGAAUCCCUUGGUCAAAAUGGAGGCCGGGAGAAGCAAAUACUCCAGUCCUUGGUCAUAUCUGAACUCUUGUGUCCUGACUAGCGAUGCUUAUGCUCAUGAACAGAUGUAUUAUAUGGAAAUACAUGCAAGCCCUCAUUAGGGUCACAGAAUCCUUGAGGAAUACUCUGGCUUUGGACUUAGUCCAAGGUUCUGCGAUCUACUAGUUCAGAGGUGACCAGGUUGUGCAGCCUUGGGACCACUCUGUCCUCCUGGAAGCUGUCUCAGGCCCAGAAACACAAAGUGUUGUAGUAAAACUGCAUCUGUACUCAUGACAGCCCUGCAAAAUGGGCUCAUGACAGCCCUACCAGUCCAUCAGCUGCAGCCAAUACAGCUGCCAGUGAGGGACAGUGGGAACUAAAGCAUCUGCAGGGCCACAGCUCGUCCUCUCUGCUCAGAACGAGUCCCCCGCUCGAGGGCCCUCCUGCUGGCCAGGCUAGCGCUCCCAUCUCACCAGCCAGCACAGUCCACACUUCAGCCCGAAGCUUAGCACUGUCCAAGAGGUUUGUCUGCAGAUGGUCCCUGCCAAGUGUGAAGCAGACGCGGCAAAACGGCUGAUUUAUUUUAGGGGUUUGACGGGUGACUUACGGCAACUUGAAAGGUUUUUGUCAAGUUCUUUCCUGCAUGGACUCUGCUGCGGACAGAGAAGCCCUCUGCCUGCAUUGUCUUUCAAGGAAACUACUUUAUUGGUAGGUAAAGGAGGAUAUCUUGGUGGUUAGCACAGUCACUUUUUAAUACGUGUGAUGGACUCCUACUUCAUCCACUACUUUGCCCAGAAAAACUAGUUGCUGACUGAUGGCUUAGAAUAGUGGUCAUCAUUUGCUUCUUUUAAGCAGUGAGGGGGACAGAAGACAGGCCUAAAGGGUCAAGAAAUGAAGUUUAUUUCUCCUAAAUCAGUAGCAGAAUAAAUUUUAUUACUCCAAUCCAUCA